GGACAGCAACUGCAAUUGUGCAACGGUACCUCAACCCUAGUUUUCUGUUUGUUACUGGUUCAUGCCUUUGAUCGACACGUGAUCAAUCUCAUUUGAACUGAUCGUUAAUCCCCUUGUAAUUGCCCAUUGCGAUUUCACCCAUAUGAUUGUACAGGUCUGAAGAUGAAUCAUCGAAAACAAUUGUUCACCCUCAGUCUUUCGUUCUUGAUAAUGAAAUGGGAAUUUUCCACUUACUGAAAUCGUCCAAGCCGCCCUCAGUGGUGAAGGAACUAAAUCAGUUCCUUAAGUUCUCCACUAGGCUUGCCGAGGCUAAAACUUGUGUACAAUUCUUCGAUGAUUGCAUUGAAGGCAACGAAUAUCCUAGCAGAUUUUGGAAGCAAUUGCGCCGCAGUCGUAUCUACCCGAAUGCCAAAACGCUUAGACGUCAUACUUUGAACCAGCGUGACACGGUGCAAUCCAAGAUUCCCGAAUUCGAACGCAAUAUAGCGCAACGUCAACAUGUGAUUGACGAGUUAGCGUUGGACAUGAAACAAUCAUUCCUGGAUUACGUUCAGUCUAUCACCGCAAACCGUGUACGACAAAGGCGUUUGGCCCUAACAAAGACGUUGAAUCAGCAUAAGCCGCAAUCCACUUUCCCUAAUAGACCUGAGAGGUACGUGCACAAUUUUUCAAGUAUGAAAUUGAACUCCACUUUAAUGGAAGUUCUAUCGCUUGGUCCAAAGUUUUGCGCUCCCAAACACAAAGACAAUCAGCUUCACUAUGAGUUACAGUUUGAAAGCCUGUUUGGCCAAACAAAAGGGCUAGUAGCUAAGUCAAAUGAAGACCUGGAACGCUUUAAGUGUUCUUUAGUGAACACCUGCUACCAGUAUCGCAAGUGCCAUGUCCACACUCACGGUCCACUGACACGCAAGCACCUUGACGCGCUGAAGGAUUUACGACGCAAUGGUAAUAUCGUUCUGAGCAGACCGGACAAGGGUACUGGAGUCGUUCUGUUAGAUAAAGAAGACUAUAUAAACAAGCUCGAAAAGGUUCUGAGUGACGAAUCGAAAUUUUCCCGAAUGAUUGGAGAAAAGGACCAGACAGAGAGGAUUGAAAACCAAAUUAUUAAAAGCUUGCAAGAUCUUCGGAAUAAUGGACAUAUAUCAAAUACACUUUAUGAUAGCCUGAAGCCGAGUGGCACGAAUGUCCCGAGACUUUAUGGGUUACCAAAAAUUCAUAAGACAGGUGUCCCGCUUCGCCCGAUCUUAUCAAUGGUUAAUUCACCCUACCAUGCCGUCGCCCAAUGGCUUGUGGAAAUUCUAGAGCCAGUAAGACAGCGACUUACACACUACAGCCUUCGUGACACCUUUCAUUUCAUCGAAAGCAUCAAAGAUCGCAACAUUGAUAAGAAAAUAAUGUUUUCCUUGGAUGUUGUAUCGCUUUUCACCAACGUGCCACUUUUCGAGACGAUCGAUUACCUUUGUUCCUACAUAGAAGAAACAAAAGCAAGUAUAUGCAUACCGUUGCGUGACUUGAAAAGCCUUCUUUUGCGUUGCACUUGGAACGUACAGUUCUUAUUCAAUGGCACUUACUACCGACAAAAGGAUGGUGUAGCUAUGGGAUCGCCAUUGGGUCCGUUGUUAGCUGAUGUCUUCAUGGCGAAAUUAGAGAAUACCAAGUUACAUGAGGAGAUCACGGCCUUUGAAUGUUACCACCGCUAUAUGGACGACAUAUUUGUCGUGGCCGACCAGUCUGUUGAUCUUGACGCUGUUAUUGACCGCUUUAAUCGGGCCCACGGAUCAUUGCAGUUCACCUGCGAAAAGGAAUUGAACGAUCAGUUGCCGUUUCUUGAUGUGCUGUUAACUAGAAGGGCAGACGGCUCGAUCCAACGGCAAGUCUACAGGAAGAAAACCUGGAGUGGCCAGUAUACGAACUUUCACAGUUUCGUUCCGUUGAGAUAUAAGCGAAACCUAAUUCGCUGUCUAACCACAAGGGCCCACAGGAUCUGUUCUGAAGACAAGUUGGAUAAUGAGUUGACGCUCAUUCAGAAUUUGCUGCGCGAAAACGGAUAUCCUGAUCGUUUCAUUUUGAGGAACAUGCAAAGUAAGCCUGACCAGUUACAGGUUCAGACAGCAGAGAAAAAAGAACUUUUCAUACGACUACCCUUCAAGGGAGACGCCGCUGCUGAGCGUGUAACUAGAAGCCUUUCAACAGCUGUCAAGUCAACUUUUCCAGCAGCCAAAAUUAGGUGUACCUUUUCCACGGAGCCACUCAUCCGUAUUUACAACAAAGACAAGUUACCGACGCUGACCGCUUCUAUGGUAAUUUAUCAGUUCAAGUGCGCUUGUGGCGCUACUUACAUCGGUCGAACGGCGCGGCAACUUUCGAAACGCAUUAAGGAGCACCUACCACGUUGGUUGCGUCGAGGCGGUACUGGAGCUAUAACUAGCUCAGUUAUGGCUCAUCUGGUUGAUAGUGGGCAUGAGGUUGACCCAGUCGGUGCCUUUCGAAUACUGUACAGGGUCCCUCCACUCCAGUCGAAAGGCCUGCGCCUCCGGACCCUUGCUACUGCCGAGGCGAUCAGCAUUCGGUUGUACCAACCUCUUUUGUGUGCACAAAAGAAGCUGAUCGAAGCUGUUCAGCUACCUUGGCCAGCCAAAACGGAUCCUUCGGACAGCAACUGCAAUUGUGCAACGGUACCUCAACCCUAGUUUUCUGUUUGUUACUGGUUCAUGCCUUUGAUCGACACGUGAUCAAUCUCAUUUGAACUGAUCGUUAAUCCCCUUGUAAUUGCCCAUUGCGAUUUCACCCAUAUGAUUGUACAGGUCUGAAGAUGAAUCAUCGAAAACAAUUGUUCACCCUC